ACAGUGUUCAGUGUGACUUUUGUAACCAUUAACUUAACCCUAAAAGCCUGAGACAGUCCUUAUUGAAAUGCCUCAGUCUUAUUACAAAUUAUCUCCAAACAUCUCCUAACAUUUCCACUAUGAGGAAGACAACAGAUUCACCUCAUUCAUCAACAGAUGUGAGUGAAGGGAAGGAGAAAUUAAGACUGAAGCAAGAAGUCGGCCUGAUUAGUGGAGUGUCAUUAAUUGCAGGCACCAUGAUAGGCUCAGGGAUCUUUAUGUCCCCUGAAUGGGUACUAGAUCAUAUGAGGAGCCCUGCCAGCAGCCUGCUUAUCUGGGGAGCGUGUGGUCUCCUGGGCAUGUUUGGAGCCUUGUCGUAUACUGAGCUUGGAACCAUAAUUAAAGAGUCUGGAGGAGAAUAUAUUUACAUCUUGAGGAUUUUUGGUUCUUUUCCUGCUUUCCUUGUCGCCUACAAUUCUGUUAUCCUGGUGAGACCAGCUGGUUUGGCAGCUGCCUGCCUGAGUUUUGCUGAAUACGCUGUUGCACCGUUCUACCCAGGAUGCUCAUCUCCACCAGUUGUCAUCAAAUGUACAGCUGCUGCCUGCAUCCUGCUUUUAACUAUCAUCAACUGUCUCAACAUGAGGCUGGCGACAUCUGUUAUGAACAUUUUUACAGCUGCCAAGCUCUUGGCAUUGCUAGUGAUCGUGGUAGGCGGACUGGUGCUGCUCACCAGAGGACAAACUCAGAGGUUUCACAGCGCUUUUCAGAACACAACCACAGGUAUCAGGGCAGUUGGAGUGGCAUUUUACCAGGGGCUCUGGUCCUACAAUGGGUGGAACAACCUGAACUAUGUAAUCGAGGAACUGAAGAAGCCUGAGGUGACCCUUCCCAGAGCUGUGAUGAUUGCCAUUCCUUUGGUUACAUGCCUGUAUUUGCUGGUAAACAUGAGCUACUUAGCAGCCAUGACUCCGUCUGAACUGCUGUCUUCAGGAGCUGUGGCAGCCACCUGGGAAGUCAAUGGGUUGGGAUCCUGGGCCAUUGGCAUGGCUCAGCUCAUGUCCCUGUUUGUGGCACUGUCUAUGUCUGGUUCAUCCAGUGGCACAUUCUUCACUGGAGGCCGGGUAUGCUACGUUGUUUCAAGGGAAGGCCAUAUGCCAGACAUUCUGUCUAUGGCUCUCAUGCGAUGCCUCAUACCCUCCCCUGCUCUGCUCUUUACAUCUGCCAUGUCUUUAAUAAUGAUAAUAUCAGGAAACUUCACCACCAUUGUGAACUUUUUCAGUUUAAUAGCAUGGUUUUUCUAUGGCAUGACUAUUUCUGGUCUCCUGUAUUUAAAAAUCAAGAAACCAGAACUGCCAAGAUCUUAUAAGGUCCCAAUUAUCAUCCCCAUAAUCGUGCUGAUGCCAGCUGUGUACCUGGUGUUAGCUCCCGUCAUUGAUCAACCCCAGUUUGAGAUCCUCUACAUCAUCCUGUUCACUUUCAGUGGUGUCAUUCUUUACUUCUCACUGGUUCGCUUCAAGUGCCACCCUCGCUUCUUACAGAGAGUCACUUUACAUCUCCAGUUGUUCCUGGAAGUGGCACCAACCACCUGGGAUGCCAACUGAGAUAACGUCCUCCUGGUGUGUGGCUGCAGGCCUUCAUAGUAUCCUAGCAUCUUGGUUUUCAAGGCUUAGAAGAUAUUUUCUGUAAAGGUGAAUAAGUAGAAUGAAAUUGUCACUAAAAUGUCCAGCUGAGAGACACUAGA